GAACGCGAGGGAAACCACACCUGCCAGUCUAAUAAGGAAUUUAGAGGAGAUAGGGACUCCUGGUUCUUCAACAAGGCCUUCCAACUCGACAAACACCAACCGUAGGAGCUCAGUUCAUGGGAACAUCCCAACCACCAUGGAGAUGGAAGAGUUUUUUAGAGGAGUGGAGCAAUCACAGCUGAAAUUGUUUAUAGAGAAGUACAACUAUGAUCCCGUGAAUGACUGUCCCCUCCCCGGUCGCUAUGAAUGGGUGAAGCUCGAGCAGCAAGCAUCCAAAGGAACAUUCAGGCGCAGAACUUGAAGUUGUGAUGUCUAACACUUGUUUCUUUUGUGAGUAGUGCUGAUAAGAUGAUGAUUUAUUGCAGAUAAGGUAAAGAAAAACACAAGUUAACCCAAACAGUGUUGUUCUAAUAGAUAGCUUAAGAUGGUUGUUCGGUUUCUUAGCUCAUCACCUUUUGCCUCCGGAAUAUGAUGGGGGUGUCGCUAUCAAGUACAAGUCCCAGGCACCUUGUAUUUUGUGUAUAAAGCUUCUGAUUGCAAGAAAAAGUUAUGUAUUAAUAAAUUGCCCAUUUAACCUCUUUUUCAUCAAUCUUCAGAGAAUCUUUUUCUUUAAGAUGAUGAUUGUUUGUAUGCGUUCUUGUCUUUG